UGAUAAUGAUGGUAGGACGGUAGCGUGCUAGUGUGGUUGAAUUUAAAAUGAGACUUCACUUAUUAUAAUAGUUCCGAACACCUUAAAUCACACAUAAAAUGCUAUCUUUUGUUGUUGGUGAAUUUUCUUUAGAAAACGUUUAAAAAUGUUUUUUUUUUGUAGCUUUCUAAAAAUAUAUCUUAGAGAAGGGGGGCGCGGUUUAUGCCUCUUUGUUUGAGGCGCCUAAAGAACGGGUGUUUGGGCACCUAGACACAGUAACACUCAGAAAAUCUUAUUUAAGAGAAGCUAUUUUUUUUUUUGAAAUUGAUUUAAGAGAAGCUAGUUGUGUAUACAAAAAAUUAAGAGAGCUUUAUUACAUUUUUGUUAAAAUUUUGCAUUAAAUUAUAUAUUUUUUGACGGCAUUAACCUUCAAACUCAUUAUCUCUGACAUUGCUUCAACAUUAUCAUAUGAGGCCUCGUCUAACCAAGUCCAAAUGCCCCUUUUUAAGCGUUGUUCUAGAGGACUCAAAACUUGAUGCUGUUCAUAUGUUCUAGUGGAUUUAGAGGUGGAAUGUGAUGCUCCACACCACAGACUCUUUAGUUCAAACAAAAGACUUAGUAUUCUCUGUGAUUUGAAUGUGGUGGUCUACUUCUGCUUUCAGUUUUCCAUUUGACGUAUGCACUUGGUGGAUUCUAAUCCUUUAUUUGUUUCUUUGACAAUUUCAAUUAAUAAUGAUCACGUUUCUUAAAUAAAUAAUAAUAAACUCCGAAUGCAAGUAAAUUGUAAUCGAAGUUCACCAACCAAUUUCAGGCCAAAUAAAAAAGAGAACCAAUAAAGUGGAAGGUGGUCAUUAUUGAAGGUGAGAGUGGAGUGGAAGUAUACUAGCAACCGAUAGAAUCCCAGAAGAGAGGCAUGCAUUGCAGACAUAUAUAUAAUAUAUAAUAUAUUAAUAUAUAUAUAUUUAUAUAUGGUGGCCGAAAGAUAGCUUCGAGUGGUAGGUGAUGGUGGACUACCCAACCCAACAUAAACCAAAAAAGAUAACUCAAAAUAUACUUUUGGGCAAAGCCGCUGUUUGGUUACAUGGGGUGAAAAAUCAAAGCAGAACAUGAAGCUUAUAUACAUAUACAUAUAUAUAUAUAUAUAUAUAUAUAUAUAUAUCAUCCUAUGGCAAUGGUCGGUUUUCAGAUAAAGGUUGAUGUCAUGCAUGCUUGUUUCUUAUAAUAGUGUUUGCAUGCUGCAAGGGCCACAAUUCCACCUCGCGACAACCACACAUGUGGACUCUCAACUCUCAACCUCUUAUUGCACCAAUCCAUUGUUUGAAAAUCACUCACAACAACACAGCUUGCCUAUGCCUGUAUGCUAUAUAUGCCUAUCCCAAACUAUUUAAUUAUUACCUUUUUAACUGCCUUUCAAAAUAGGUCUCCAUCUUGACUUGAAUCCCAUUCAUUCAACUAUCCACUUAAUGAUUUGUAUUCACUCAGCCAUCCAACAUGAACUAAACCUUGUUGCUUUGCAACUAUUUAAACUUUUCCUUUUAUUAAGCCUAUUAGAUUAUUAUGAUUACUAGUUAUUUCGAUUAUUGCAAACCAUUCUAUUUAAUACUAUGUUUGUUAGAUGAGAAAAAUUGGAGAAAAGAAAAUUUAGAAGAGAAAAGUGUAGAAGUAAAAUUUGAAGUUAUUUAGUCAGAAUGAAAAUGAGAGAAAAGAAAAAUAAAGAAAAAGAAAAAUAAGUAGAUCCCAUCAAGAAAAAGUUUUAUAUAAAAAAAUAAUAUGAAAAUUUACCAAAAUAAAAAUAAAAUUAAAUAAUAUAAGUAAAAUAGUAAAAAUCUAACUGUAACUUUCUUUCCUCUCAUUUUAAUUCAUCUACCAAAUAACUAACACUUUCUUUCUCUCUAACAUUUUCGAUCCCUCCUAUUUUCAUUAUCUACCAAACAUCAUAAUGUAUAAUGUAUAAUGUAUAAUGUAUAAUGUAAGUAUAGGUGAACACAUUAUAAAUAAUUUUUAAUAUUCACAUAACAAAGGUGGUUGAACUCAAAUGUACCUUUUCUUCUUUUAGCUAAUUAAAAAAAAUAAGAUCACUUGGUGCAAAUUCUAUCCUCAUAGUCUUCAAUUUUUUAGCAAUUCUAGUACCACCAAUAAUUAAAUCACGAGUUCUCAUCCACAUAGAGAUGGACUUCUAAAUUAUAACCCAAUGCAUUAAUAAUACACGCUAAAGUGAGAGACUUUAUCCACUUAAAAUAGUGAUUUAGGAAGUUUUGAAGCCCUGACUCUAUAGAGAUGCCCUACGGAAAAACAUCUUUACCACUACACCAAAUGACUGAUAGUUUGAAUUCUAAUUCCUCACUGUUUGAUUUUAUUACAUGUAGAAUCUUCAUUGAAAUACAAGCAAAUGUGCAAAUGUUCCUUGUGUUUGUGGUAAAGACUAGGACAUAAUACCGUUAAAACUUGAGAAAACAAAAAACCAUAUUCGGGACCAAAGAAAAUGACAGUUAUGGGAAGAACAUGGGUGGCUUAUCGACUGCCCUUCCAUCACAUUUCCUGUUAUUCCGUUUACCUUUUUCCUGGGGCUGUCAUAUGCAGACUCCACAUUCUCCAAAAGAAGAAUUUUUUUAUUAAAUAUCUAUCAAUAAAGUGAAGGCCUAUAUGGAAAUGUUCGGUUCCUCCCCCAAAAUAUUUAUAUGUUUAUAUAAAAAAAAAACAAACAAACGUAAGGUGUAGAUAAAAAGUUUGAAGUAGCUUCCACUAACAGUGCCUAUUAUAUAUACUGAAUCAGCCUUUGUGAAACUGCAUGCAUUUCAAAGCUAAACUUAAUUAAACUUCAGCAACUUCUUCUACUAAUACUCACUCACACUCAUAGUAACCUUAGCUACUUCCCAAAUCUUUGGUCCUUUGACACUUGAAUCUCUUUUUCAGUUGGCAUAGUUUUCUGCAAAUUUCAGUGACUUGCAGCAUACUUUAGCUUUGGUCCCUUUUUUGUUUGUUUGUCUUGAAGUCAUAUCAUGAAGUAUUCUCGUUUGUCUUUGGUUCUAUUCUGCAUUUCUUUUCUUUGCAUAGUGCUUUCGACGCAAGCAAGGCGGCACCAUACCAAACACAAGAACACUCACCACCAUCACAAAGGCUCUCACAUUUCACAGCCUCCUUCAAGCUCGCCUGCACCAGAGCCAGCGCCCGAGCCCGCCGAACCACCGUAUGAAGAGGUGAAUCCAACCAAUUCAAGUGACGUUUUCGAUGUGCGAAAAUUCGGUGCUGUUGGGGAUGGCAUUACAGAUGAUACAGAUGCAUUCAAGAUGGCAUGGGACACUGCCUGCCAGAGUGAUUCUGCUACUGUUAUCGUUGUUCCCAAGGGAUUAUCUUUCAUGAUACAGUCCACUAUUUUUACCGGUCCUUGUAAAACUGGACUUGUGUUUCAGGUUGAUGGAACUCUAAUGCCUCCGGAUGGACCUGAAUCUUGGCCAAAGAACCAAAGUAGGCACCAAUGGCUUGUCUUUUACAGAGUCAAUGAGAUGUCAUUUCUAGGAGGUGGUCUAAUUGAUGGAAGAGGUCAGAAAUGGUGGGAUCUCCCCUGCAAACCUCACAGGGGGAUAAAUGGAACUACAUUGCCAGGACCGUGUGAUAGCCCCAUUGCAAUCAGGUUCUUCAUGAGCUCAAAUUUGACUGUACAAGGACUUAAAAUCAAGAACAGUCCACAGUUCAACUUCAGAUUCGAUGGUUGUCAGAAUGUUCAUAUAGAUUCCAUAUCCAUUACAGCUCCUGUCCUGAGUCCUAACACUGAUGGGAUUCACAUAGAAAACUCUAAUGGCGUUGGAAUAUACAACUCAGUGAUUUCAAAUGGUGAUGACUGUGUAUCAAUUGGAUCAGGCUGCCAUAAUGUAGACAUAAGAAACAUCACAUGUGGACCAGGUCAUGGCAUUAGCAUUGGGAGUCUAGGUAAUCACAACUCGCGAGCAUGCGUUUCGAACAUCACAGUAAAAGACUCAGUGAUCAAAGUUUCAAACAAUGGAGUAAGGAUCAAGACAUGGCAAGGAGGAUCAGGAGCAGUGUUUGGAGUAACAUUCAGCAACAUUCACAUGGACAAUGUAAGGAACCCAAUUAUAAUAGACCAAUUCUACUGCCUUAGCAAAGGUUGCACCAACCAAACCUCAGCAGUGUUUGUCUCAGACAUAUUAUAUGACAACAUAAGGGGAACUUAUGAUAUAAGGAAUCCACCAAUGCAUUUUGGGUGCAGUGAUUCAGUACCAUGCACUAAUUUGACUCUCUCUGAGGUUGAGCUUCUUCCUGCUGUUGGUGACAUAGUUUCGGACCCUUUUUGUUGGAAUGCAUAUGGAGAGCUACAAACUCUCACUAUUCCACCAGUUUCUUGCUUAAUGGAUGGCCUUCCUCGAUCCACAUUGGACAGUAAUGACAAGGCUUAUUGCUGACAUUUUAUACACCAGCUUUAUAAGCUUAGCUUCUUUUGAAAAAGAAAAAAAAAUCUGCAUUUAUGUAUAUAAUUCUAAUAUGGGUCAUGGUAAUAAGUCCAAUUAUAAAAUUAUAUAUGCAGGUGUUUGGUUUUUUUAUAUAUAUGUAUAAGAAGUUAUUAUCAUUUGAAUGUAAUUAACUUCAAGAUAUGCUUGGUUUUUGCUCUU